AAAUCUCAUACGCCGGUAGUUAUGUCCGACGAAGAGGAUACAGAUAUAAAUAAGAAAUUCGAAGAUUUAUUGUUUGCCGAAGAACAAGCUCAACGCGGAGGAUACGAAGAAGGUUUUAAGGUUGGCAAAGAGCAGUUGGUAAACGGAUUUCAUCUCGGAUAUCACCGAGCCAGUCUCAUUGGUGCACAGUUAGGAUAUUACUGCGGCACCUUGGAACAAUAUUUAUACGGAAAUAAGUGCAAUUCGGAGAAAUGCGUUCAUAUCGCGAAGCAAUUAUUACAGGACAUUCACAGUUUCCCAAAGUUUAACGACGACACUGUAGAUAUACUGAAGGCUAUGGACGAUAUUAAAUUUAAAUAUGCCAAGUUUUGUUCGUUAGUAAAAAUAUGCCCGUCGUAUCCGGAAGCAGAGAAGCUUGAUUUUUAAUCGAGUGCAAAAUAUUACAUCUGACCAAAUGCAAAAUAAAGCGAUAUUACUUAUAA